AUGGAGCAAGCCGCGCGGACUACGUUCGAGAUCAACAACAGCAUUGCCACAGUCGACCCGGCUGAGCUCGUCUUUCUUUACAGUGCGGAGGAAGAACGUCAGCUGGAGGAUCAAGCGCCAUGGGCUACAGACCCCCACUACUUUCAGACCGUCAAGAUCUCGGCGGUCGCACUGAUUAAAAUGGCAAUUCAUGCACGCUCCGGAGGUCAGUACGAGAUUAUGGGCGUCAUGUACGGCCGCGUCCGAGACCGCGCGUUCUGGAUCACCGAUGCGGUGGCUCUACCCGUACAGGGUACCGAGACUCGUGUCAAUGCGGGUAACGAGGCGAUGGAGUACAUGGUCGAAUUUCAUUCCGCGCGCAACGCCGCGGGUCAAACCGAGAAUCAGCGCGGCUGGUAUCACUCGCACCCUGGAUAUGGGUGUUGGCUUUCGGGAAUCGAUGUCGACACGCAGAUGACCAACCAAACUCACCAAGACCCGUAUCUCGCCGUCGUUGUAAGAAGCGUCCGAGGCAUGACUAACACUUUGAUUGACCCAAACCGUACGGUGUCCGCUGGCAAGGUUGAGAUCGGGGCAUUCCGCACAUACCCCCUCGGCUACACUCCGCCAUCAGGGGGCUCGUCCGAGUACCAAUCGAUUCCUCUUGACAAGAUUGAGGACUUUGGCGCUCACGCCAAUGCAUACUACCCUCUUAAGGUAGAGAUUUACAAGUCAAAAACGGAUGAGAAGCUGCUCGACCUUCUGUGGAAUAAGUACUGGGUUGAGACCCUCAGCCAGAAUCGUAUUCUUUCAAAUCGCGCCUACACCACAUCUCAAGUCAAAGAUCUUAAUGCCAAGCUGCGCGCAGCUGAAGCCAAGGUCGGCGAGUCGACAGCGGAGCUCAGACUGAAGGCAUCGCCUCCUGGGGCAGAGGAGGGAGGCAAGGAAGACUUCCAUGGCCUUGAGAUUAAGCCAUCGGUACUUGGCGACCCAGUAAAGGACAGUCACCGCAUCGCCAACGAGGCCAAAAAUGCCAUGACGGCGAAUGUGAUCAAGGCCAAACUCUUCAACGAGGGCGUCGACAAGGCCCUUUCGCCUGCAGAGGCUCGAGACGCUGCCAGAGGGCUGCGGAGCGAUGCCUAGACGUUGCUUGACAGUUGUUUUCAUUUAUACACGAUGAUCCCCACUGUGCAUGUAUUAGUUGUGGGACGUAGGUACGUAGGACUCGUUGGUGGAAUGUCGAGUUUGGUGCAGG